AUGUGUGAGGUCAGCAGUAUCAACAAGCAGCGGUGGUGGAAGGAGGCAAUCGUGUACCAGGUGUAUCCUGCUUCGUUCCUAGACUCUGGUGCAGGUACUAGACCUGGCUGGGGCGACAUUCCUGGAAUCACUUCAAAGCUGGACUAUCUGAAGCAUCUUGGUGUUGAUGUGCUAUGGCUUUCGCCGAUCUACAAGAGUCCUCAGGCUGAUAUGGGAUAUGAUAUCGCGGACUACAAGGACAUCGAUCCCGUAUAUGGCAGUCUCGAGGAUGUUGAUCACCUCAUCAGUGAGCUCAAGAAGAGAGAUAUGAGACUGAUGAUGGACUUGGUUGUCAACCACACUUCUGACCAGCACGCCUGGUUCCUCGACUCUCGCUCUUCGAAGCAGUCCAGCAAGCGUGACUGGUACAUUUGGAGGCCUGCCAAGUACGACAAGGACGGCACCCGUCAACCUCCUAACAACUGGUCGAUGAUUCUGGGCGAAGAGAACAGUGCCUGGACCUAUGACGAGAAAACAGACGAGUACUAUUUAUCUCUCUUCACCGCCGAACAGCCUGACUUGAACUGGGAGAACCCCGAUGUUCGUGAAGCAGUUCACGAUGUGCUGCGCUUCUGGCUGGACCGUGGUUGUUCAGGCUUCCGUAUGGAUGUCAUCAACCACAUCUCCAAAGUCCAGACUUUCCCCGAUGCCGACAUUGUUGCCCCUGAUCACAAGUAUCAGCCAGGCUACAAGUACUACUGCAAUGGACCUCGUCUUCACGAGUGGCUGAAGACUAUGAGAGCAGAAGUCCUCGACAAGUACGACACAAUCACCGUCGGCGAGAUGCCUUUCGUCAGAGACGAAAACGAAAUUCUCAAGAUUGUCCGCGAGGACGAGAAGGAAUUGAACAUGAUCUUCAUCUUCGAACAAGUCGACAUUGACAACGAGAUUGGCAAGUACAGAAUGACCCUGCGUGACUGGGAAGCCGACGAAAUUCGCAAAAUCUUCUCCCACUGGCAACGCCUGAUGAUCGACAAGGACGGAUGGAACAGUCUCUUCAUAGAGAAUCAUGACAACCCUCGAUCGUGCGAUAGGUAUUUUCCUUCCCUUCCUCCUUCUUCCUCCUCUCCUUCUUCUAUUCAACAAGGCGAGUUGGCUGCGAAGCUCCUCUGCCUCAUGAUGACCACGCUUGCCGGUACACUGUACGUCUACCAAGGUCAAGAGCUUGGCAUGCGCAACGUACCAGCAGAAUGGGAUCCCGAGGAAUACAAGGAUGUCGAGACCAUCAACUACUGGAAGAAGAUGAACAACAUGUACCCGAACAACAAAGAAAAACUGGACUUUGCACGCCAUGUAAUGCAGAGAAAAGCUCGCGACCACUCACGCACCCCAGUCCAAUGGUCUGCAGAGCCCAAUGCUGGAUUCUGCAAGGAGGGUGUUACACCUUGGAUGCGCGUCAAUGCCGAUUACAAGCAAAUCAACGCAGAGGCCCAGCGCAAGCAGGAUGAUCCUGACAAGCUUUCUGUCCUGCAAUUCUGGAAGAGAGGUCUUGCCAACAGAAAGGAACACAAGGAGGUCUUCGUGUAUGGAGACUUCCAAGUGCUUGAUGAGAAUGACAAGAAGGUGUUUGCGUACAAGCGAGCAAGUGAGAAGGAAGCAUUCGUUCUCGCCUUGAACUUCUCCGGUGAUGAAGUCAAGUGGCAGAUUCCUGAGACAGCUAAGGUGAAGAACUGGGUGGCUGGAAAUUAUACUGCUGGCCAGCCGGAUAAGCCCACGAGCGGUACCAUCACACUCAGACCCUAUGAGGGAGUGUUGGGUACUUCAGAAAUUUAG